GUCGGUGUCAGGCGUGCCGUUCGUCUCUUUCUGUCCUCGACAGCUCCAUCUCUGUUUUUCUUUUCCUCUCUCAUUCGCUUUUUGUUCAGGACUUCAUGAUGGCGGAGCGGGGCGGGAGCCGACCGGAAACCGGAAGCGCGGAAGCGUGCGGUGAAGAGCAGCUGAUUCGCUGUGAGUGCUGAUGCUCUGAUGCUGACCCGUGUCCAGAUGGAUGUCAGUCUGACCCCUCCCGCACACACACAGCGUACAAAAGCCCUCCGGAGCCGAGCCGAGGCCACACACCGGGACCAGACACACACCGCUCUGAUCAGCUUCAGGAGGUUGCAGGGUGUUAACAGCAGCCGCUCACAGACAUGACUGCAUGCAUCUUCUUACGGGGAGCAAAGAUCGACAGAGAAUUGGCAGAUGAUGAGAUUGAAGAGCUGAGAGAGGCGUUUAAUGAAUUCGAUAAAGAUAAAGACGGUCUAAUUAGCUGUAAGGACCUGGGGAACCUGAUGAGGACGAUGGGUUACAUGCCGACCGAGAUGGAGCUGAUCGAGCUGGGCCAGAACAUCAACAUGAACCUGGGAGGACGGGUGGACUUUGAAGACUUCGUGGAGUUAAUGGCCCCGAAGCUUUUGGCCGAAACGGCCGGCAUGAUCGGAGUGAAGGAACUCAGAGACGCUUUCAAAGAGUUUGACAUGGACGGCGACGGCUCGAUCACCACCGAGGAGCUGAGGAGCGCCAUGACUAAACUACUGGGAGAACACAUGAACCACAGAGAGAUCGACGCCGUGGUCCGAGAGGCAGACAAUAACGGAGACGGCACGGUGGACUUCGAAGAAUUCGUCAGGAUGCUGUCGAGCUGCUGAGACGUUCAUCUUCUGGACGCUGCGGAUACAUAACAUGCAUAUCAUAUCCCUAAAUAUCAAAGAUCUUCCCCCAUAAACUAUGCAAAAAUCUCAGGCUUCCAAUGCAAUAUAGAGCUACUGAUCUGAGAGAUGGAUGUGCGAUAUUUUUGUGAAAUUAGUCUAAUAUUAUAACGCUUAUGUCUUUGCAUUAUUUUUAAUAGAUAUUUGCUCAAUAAAAUACAAAAUUAGGAAAUAAA